CUGAAGAGGAAACUGCUGCUCCCUCCGGGGACUUGGCAUUAUAAUUAUAUAGGAAGCAGAGCAGUCUGCCGUCUGUUAGAGGGCAGCAAGGCUGAGGACUGCUCACCAUGAACAGCUGCUGAUACCAUGGAUGUGGACCUCUGUUUCUAAAACUCUUUAGGAGAGCAAGAAGAGAAAGCAGGCAUGUCAGAGAAGAAGCCACGGGGAGCAGACACGCGUCCCAAAUCUGGCCUCCGCAGCUGGAGCGCAGACAGUUAUAUCUGGCGAGGGAAGAAGCGCUCCCGGAGCUCUAGGAACGGUUCUAGUCCCAGUGGAAUGGAGACGGACAGUUCGGAGGAACUGGGCGUGCGCUCCACAUCCUGUUCGAGGAGGCGCAGAGAGAGGAAAUGCAGCUGCAGUGCUCUUGGGGAUGCACUGACGGUUGGAGACAUCGAUGGGGUGUGUAGGAAGGCCCUGUCCCGGCGGUCUCUCCGGCAGAAGUUUCAGGAUGCUGUGGGUCAGUGUUUUCCCCUGCGCUCCCACCAUCAUCACCAUCACCACUACCACCACGCUGGAGGCUCCUCACGCCCCUUUUCUGUGCUCUUCUGGUCCAAAAGAAAGAUCCAUGUCUCAGAACUCAUGCAGGAAAAAUGCCCAUUCUCUCCUAAGUCUGAAUUGGCAAAAUGUUGGCAUCUUAUUAAAAACCAGGUAGCUCAUCCAGGUUCUCUGAAAGACAUGGAGACUCCUCUAAAAGCGUCCAGCAUUUCAUCUUCCACCUCCCCACCACAAACACCUCUCUCCUGGGAGGACAUCUGCUGCUCCCCUGGGCCAGGCGGUGCCCCUCUGGAGGACUGGGAUCCUUCCUCUCACCAUAGGGGUGCAGAUGGGACCUGUAACAACACUGACUACAUCCUGGUCCCUGAUCUCCUCCAGAUCAACAACAACCCAUGCUACUGGGGGGUGUUAAACCGCUUCGAGGCCGAGGAGCUUCUGGAGGGCCAACCUGAGGGGACGUUUCUGCUCAGGGACUCGGCCCAAGAUGAGUUCCUUUUCUCAGUCAGCUUCCGUCGCUACAGUCGCUCCCUGCAUGCACGCAUUGAGCAGAACGGCAAGCGUUUCAGCUUUGACGUGCGUGACCCUUGCAUGUACAGGGAUCCCAGCGUGACGGGUCUGCUGAGGCACUACAGCGACCCAGCCACCUGCCUCUUCUUCGAGCCCCUGCUCUCCAGACCACUGCCAAGGACAUUCCCCUUCCCUCUCCAGCACCUGUGCAGGGCAGUGAUCUGCAGCUGCACUACCUACCAAGGCGUAGAGAGCCUGCCGCUGCCGCCUCAGCUUAGGGAGUACCUCAGACAGUAUCACAUUAAGUGUGACAGGGCCUGUGCAGUGUCUACACCCACAGCAGCUGGGAUGCAGGAUCUACACUGACACUUUCUUACAGAUCUCAGUUCUGAGGGACAUUUUGGACCUCCUAUCACCAUUUCCAACUAAUCAAGGUUCUAUAAUGUCACUUUGCUAAUAAAAAAAACAACUGUACAGCUGAUAUAAUAUGCUAAAUGAACUUUGAUUCUGUAAAUAAAACCAAGAGAAUAGCCACUUUAAUAGACUUUAGAGAAUUACAAAAGUGUUCCUAACUCAUUAACUGUUAAACAUAUUGUCAUUUUACAACCACAAACUUCGAAACAUCUGACUUCCUUCAAUAGGGUAAAACAAAAACAUGUAUUAUAUAUAAAGAAGAACAGACAAUAAACUUUUUAAAAACAUUUUCUUACCAAAGAAAUCUUAAAAGUGCCGUAUACAUUUUUUAGCCCCCUCUACUCUUGAACCUCUAAAUUGAAUAUGAAGGUUAACUUUAGAUCAGCUGCUCUGUGAAGACGUCACAGACAUUCACCAAAACAUAACCGUCCACCAAAAACUGCAGGUCAGGAAAGGAGCAGAGAUGGUAGGUCUAGUAAAGCUGCAAGAACCCACAACUCAGUUUGGAAAAACUGUAGUCAGAAAUUGUGUUAGUCAAGAUCUUUACAAAUAUAGAGUAUCGGGGAGUGCCAAGCUGAGAGUCCAUAUCUAAAGUAAACAACAAGAAGUCUUGUGGAAGGUUUAACAAAGGUAAACAUGAGGUAGAAGCUCUGUUCAGGACCAUAAAUCUUAAAGUUAUUUGCUUGCCUGCAAAAUGAUAAAUGUUACAGUAAACUGACACUGUACACUGAUCAUGGUGAAACAUGAUGGUGACAGCAUCAUGUUGUGGGGAAGGGGGCAGAAAAGACAGAUAUUAAGGAACUAAAGAGGCUGAAGAAAACUUAAGGCUGUGGGGCAGACUUCCUUCAGACAUAACAUCAAUAUUAAACCUCCACUAAGAGCAGCAAUAGAGAUCAGAGGUGGGCAACCUCAGUCAGGAGCUGCUGUCUGCAUAUCUAUGUUUUAAAUCCACCCUGGUCUGAUCACAUGGAUGACUCAUUAAAGGCCUGUCUUUAGCUUCAGGUGUAUGUUAUCCGUCUCAGACUAUAUUAAAACCUGCAGGACCAGACUCUCAAGGUGAUGAUUAGGUGUGAUGUCACUAUUUUUUGCACCAUUGGCCAAAAUUCCCAAGUUGACAAAACUUUGUAGCAAUGUAUUGUUGCUGUUUUUUAAUAAAAAAAUUUAUAAUGUUUCUGUAAAUUCUCUCUUUUUAUUUUUAAGAAUUUUAAAUGUUUCAUAAAGGAACUCAAAAGAACAAACUAUUGUCCAAAAUCAGGUUUAAAAGGUUUUACCUAAUAAAAAAAGUCAACAGUUUCAUUACUUUUUGGUUGAAAUAAUUAAUAUUUUGGGAAGCUAGAAAAAGUUUUAGUCUGUUGAUAGCAAAAAAAAA